AUGCCUCGGCUUGUUCUCUGCUCAUCCUCCACCUACCCUCAUUGCGGUCCGGCUAAUUUCUGCCUCCAAACUCUCCUUAGGUCGACUAGAAAGGAAGAAGAAUUUUUGCCCCUUGAGUCACGCAAUGCAUCAAAAGCCAAUGUUCACAAUGAUUCCGAAAGCUGUAUUUUUACUCAAGCAGCCUCUAGUAUCGAGGUAGCACUUAUCCGCAUUCUAUACUAG